AUGCUGGAUUCUCAAAUGGACAAAAAAGAUGCCUUCUUGAGCCAGAAGCGGACUCCUAGAAGAGGGGAGCAACAAGGAUGGAAUGACAGCCGGGGAACAGAGGUGAUACUUGAUAGAGCAGAGCGGAGAGCCUACAGGGAAUACCGACCCUAUGAGACCGAGAGGCAGGCGGACUUUACAGCUGAGAAGUUUUCAGAUGAAAAACCAGUGGACAGGUUUGAUCGAGACCGGCCACUGAGAGGACGUGGAGGCCCCAGAGGGGGCAUGAGAAGCAGAGGCAGAGGCGGUCCCGGGAACAGAGCUUUUGAUGCAUUUGACCAGAGAGGCAAACGAGAUUGUGAAAGACACGGUGGGAGUGAUAAAAUUGGCGUGGAGUUAACGGCCCCAAAGGAAGAGGCCCCGGUGGAGGAGGAGACCCUGGGCGCCCUGGAGGAGGAGUCUCCAGCCAGAGUUCCUGAGUUGGAGGUGGAAGAGGAAACUCAAGUUCAAGAGAUGACUUUAGAUGAGUGGAAGAAUCUCCAAGAACAAACCCGACCAAAACCUGAAUUUAACAUCCGGAAGCCAGAGUCCACUGUCCCCUCCAGAGCGGUGGUGAUUCACAGGUCAAAAUACAGGGAUGAUAUGGUAAAGGAUGACUAUGAGGAUGAGUCCCAUGUUUUCCGGAAAGCCGCCAAUGACAUCACAUCCCAGCUGGAGAUUAACUUUGGUAACCUCUCCCGUCCUGGACGUGGAGCCAGAGGUGGUACCCGGGGAGGCCGAGGAAGGACCAGAAGGGCAGAGAACUUCGGGCCCAGAGCAGAAGUAGUGACACAAGACAUUGCCCCCAAUCCGGAUGACCCUGAAGAUUUCCCUGCUCUGGCCUGAAAGAGCAGCACUGGUGUGCCCAUGAAGAGCCAUUUCCCUGGAAACUUGGAGCAGCACUGGUGUACCUAUGAAGAGACUUUUCUUGCUGUGGGGAAGAGUCAAACUCUAAGAACAAUAGAUGUUGCUUUUCGC